UCCUGAUCCAGUGAGCAAUGGGACGGUUCACGUUCAUGAGUCAUGACCGCUUUCGUGAAAAAGCAAGACAUUCGGCUUCUUUAACCUGCAGAAAAUGAAUGUUUCUGCUAUAGACUGGGCUACUUAAAAAUCAGUUGAAAAUAUUCUUGAAGCCGGCUCAUCUGAAUUUUCUUCAGCGGUGGUCGUUGUCCAUGCAGCUUGAUACCAGCCUGGGGUUUCAUUCACUAAGGAAAUCAUACCGCAGUGUGUGCUACCGAGUAAUUGGCAGAAGCGCUCCUUUGCGAGGAUGCUGGGCAGUUGUGUGCUCAAUAGAUGAAAGUAAAUGAAUACAAAUGUAUGCGUUGUUGUGAGUAGCAUGAGUGCUCCGUGAGUAAAUGAAGAACUGACUCCAUUGACGUGAGUUGAAACAAAUUGUAUGUGAUUUUAUUUGCACAACAGCUGAGCGCACGGUGCGAAGAAAAUGUGAAACUGUUUCCCUCCCUUGAGAUGUCGACGGAAAGAAAUCCCUAAAUCGUUGCUGCUUGAAAUGUGGCGAGAUGGUUUUGACGUUAGUGCGGGAUAUUUGACCGGGCUUGGACAUUGCUUCAGUGCUCUGGAUAUCGUGUGGGCGAGGGUGCUUGAUGGAGAUGAUUUCGCAGAGAUUUCUAGAAUCCGUUUCCUACUCUGAAUAAACAUUUCAGAAGGGAUUGAUGUUAGGGGCCGAGGGGAUCCAAUCCAACAUCACCACCUGUUAGGAUACUUAAAACAGGACACCACAGAACCUGUACUGGCAUUAGACAGCAGACAGCACCGCUGCCCAGCCUUGACGCUUUGGCGGCACCUCCCUCACCUCCACCCUCCACCCUCCACCCUCCACCCUCCACCCUCACCUCAACCCUCACCUCAACCCCUACCCCAGGACCAGCAGUACACACAGCCCUACCCACCCUGCUUCAUGGCUAGACCUCUCCAAACGAAGAGCUGGGGGCCUUCCUACUGAGGGCAGUUUCCCUCACUGUACAGUGGCACAUGGAUUUCAAGACUUCAAAUGAAGAGACAAAGACUGGGAUUUAUUUGCUGCAAGAUGGUAACGAGGAGCCCUUCAAUAUUCGACUGCACUUGGCAAAAGACAUUCUGACCAUCCAAGAGCAAGAUGUCAUCUGUGUGUCUGGAGAACCAUUUUAUUCUUGUGAGAGAACUGUGACCAUCAGAAGACAGACUAUCGGAGGUUUUGGCUUGAGUAUUAAGGGUGGCGCGGAACACAAAAUCCCAGUUGUGAUAUCCAAAAUAUCCAAAGAGCAAAAAGCUGAACUCUCUGGGCUGCUCUUCAUUGGAGAUGGCAUCCUCCAGAUAAAUGGAAUUAAUGUUAGAAGCUAUCGCCAUGAGGAAGUGGUGCAAGUUUUGAGAAAUGCCGGAGAGGAAGUGACCCUGACAGUCUCCUUCCUGAAGAAGACGCCAGCUUUUUUGAAGCUGCCGCUCUGUGAAGAUUGCACAUGUGUCCCCAGUGAUCAAAGCAGUGGAACAUCUUCACCUCUGUGUGACAGUGGCCUGCACUUAAACUUCCACCCCAAUAACACGGACUCUCUGUCCUGCUCGUCUUGGCCCACUUCCCCAGGAUUACGCUGGGAGAAGAGAUGGGUGGACCUGCGCCUUAUACCUCUGCUCCACUCCCGCCUGUCACAGCACAUCCCUGGCUCAGAUGUCUGCAGAAAGAAUGCAUUUCAAGUCAUCGCCGUGGAUGGGGUUUGUAGUGGGGUCAUUCAAUGUCCCACGGCUGAAGACUGUCUGGACUGGCUUCAAGCAAUAGCAACAAACAUAUCGGCUCUCACCAAGCACAAUGUAAAGAAGAUUAACCGAAACUUUCCAGUUAAUCAUCAGAUUAUCUACAUGGGCUGGGUGGAUGAGAAGGAGCAGGACUCCGUUCAAGACCGAAUGUACACACCAAAGUUCCUCGCCUUGAGGGGUUGCUCACUCUUCAAGUUCUCAGCGCCCCCUGUGACAACAUGGGACUGGACCAGAGCAGAGAAAACCUUCACCGUCUAUGAGAUCAUGUGCAAAGUUCUGAAGGACAACGACCUUCUGGACAAGCGGAAACACUGCUUCAGCGUGCAGACGGAGAGUGGGGAGGACGUGUUCUUCAGCGUGGAGCUGGAGAGCGAGCUGCUGACCUGGGAGAAGGCCUUUCAAAUGGCCACCUUCCUGGAAGUGGAGAGAAUCCAGUGUAAAACGUACACUUGCAUCAUGGAGAGCCACCUCAUGGGACUGACCAUAGACUUCAGCAUGGGGUUUGUUUGUUUCGAUGCUGCAUCAAAGGCUGUGCUCUGGAGGUACAAGUUCUCUCAACUGAAAGGUUCCUCCGAUGAUGGGAAGAGCAAGAUCAAAUUUCUGUUCCAAAAUCCGGACUCUAAAGCUAUUGAAGCUAAGGAGCUGGAAUUCCCCAACCUCUUUGCAGUGCUGCACUGCAUUCAUGCGUUUUUCGCCGCCAAAGUCGCUUGCCUGGAUCCAAUGUUUGUGGAGAGUCAAGGUACUGCGACUACUGCAGGGGAGCCCACUCUCACCAGUAUCUCCAAUAACACACAGACAUCCAAAAUGAAAUACUCCACCUGACAGACUUUGCUCUCUUUCUUGCCCUGAAAGCAGCCAGAUCCCUCCCCCCACUCUCCACCAUUCCUACACCAAGCACCCACCUAUGAAAACUGCACUUAGUCACUAUACUACAGCCUGAAACAGUGGAGGGCUGAACACAUGAAUGAGAGUCUUGCUGCUGCAUACAAGGUCUCACAAUGAACAAGGACAAUCGGAAUCCAACAGUGGAGUUGUUUUAUUGAAAGAAUGCUUCUUUGCCGGAACAAAUUUGAUAUUCUCGGGAAGAAUAUCUGUCAACAAAAUGUGGGUCCUGUACAUCUGUAUGUUAACACCUUGUAGCUAACCGAGGGGCCACAGGAACAGCUGGGCGCUGUUAUCGAUUCUACAUUUCUGAACAGAAAACUUUGGGUGGAUUUUCAGUGGCCCAUGUACAGGGAACCACAUGUGGAUACACAUAACAUUGCUGUAUUUCCAAGGUGAAAAUAAAACCAACUGAGUGUUUUCUACAGUACAUACAUUUCACAAGAUUUGGUGGCUAUAUCAUGAGGACAACUUAAAAUUGGUUUGCAUUAAUAAAGUCUAGAAUAGAUACACCAGACAUUGUUUGUGUCAAGCAAAAUGGCUAAAUACCUCUGACUAAAGGUAGUGUGAAAAAGGUGAUGUGUUCCACUCCCUGCAAACAGAAGAUAUAAAAUGAUGGAAUUAAUCCCGUCAAUGGCCUUUGUAUGAGCAUUGUCAGUCUCUGCCAGACAUGUAAUUUACUCUCAAUUAAAAUGUUUGCCAUCAAAAGAAAUUGUUUAUCACUAGCUCUUAGUCCCUGUAUUUUAAAUAGAUUCCAUGGUGUGAUGAUAAGUGUCAGUAUGUUCAGUCCAUUCCCUUUGUAUUGGUGUGGAGCUAUUUCAAACACACCUUUUCAAUUCCUUUGAAAAUACCACUUCAUUUAUUGACAUAGAAUCACAAGAAUCACUUUUGUUCGUGCAGACAGAAUUAUUUGGCCGUUGGCCUUAACUGAUACGACUUGUGUGAGAAUAAAUCAGAUCUUGUCAAAUGAGAUUCAUUUCAAUUCAAGCAGGAACGCCUGGGUGGUGCAGAGAAACAUCGUCUUUUUGUUGGUGUUUUGGACAGCGAUGAGUGUGUCUGUGAUGAUUCAGCUAGAGGCCGUCAAGAGGUGUUUUUAAUCAAGGCAUUCGGAGCAUCAUAAUCCCUGGUCAAGACCCGGAUUAUGGGCCAAAUUCAAAAAGUGGGACAAUAUAAUUAUGUUUGACAUGAGUGCUGGUGUUAAUACAGGACAAAGAAUGACGUCUGUGUGAGCAUUCUACCUGUAUUUAUGAACCAGAAAGGCAGCGUUUGCAACACUUUUCUUUCCGCAGAACUUUAUGUAAAUACAUAAUGACAUCCAAAAGAACUAAAAGUAAUAAUGACUGGACAAUUACAAGGGGGUUCAUUUUUCGGAUUAUUGCAUUUGUUAAUUUGAUGUGCACCAGAGAAUAAAUAGCUUAUACUUUAUUGUUCUCUUUGCCAUUUACCCCAUGGGCCAAGAUAGCUGAAAAGAUGUGAUAUUGUAAAUUUAUUUUUUUAUAUAAAUCUUGUAAAUAGAUAUAAGAUGUAAAGUUGUCGUCUCCAUAAAAACACAAGGAAUCACAUUGCUAGACGAAAGCACUGUAAAAUUGAGCAUCAUGGCCAAAACAGCUCUUUUAUUUACACAGUCAAAUCAGUUUUAAAUCUUGUUGUCUGACUACCGACUAUCUAAUGAUGUUUUGAAAGGUUAAAAGUCAGAGUGAAGUAAGUCACACUUGUGGCUACCAUUCCACCUUAGUGAUGUCUCCAAGGAGAGGGCUGUGGUCUCGCAAACUCUGAGGCUGAAAACAAAAUGGGGUCAGUGAAGAGAGAAUAUGUUAGUCAAGCUGACGCACAGUACUAUACACUACUGUGUUUGCCUGGGAGAAACUGGUGCAAAGGAGUCUAUGCAAAGGGGGUUAGAGUGGUGUUUAACCAUCUCUUUGACAUGCCUGAGGAAACAGUUGAGGGGGUAUCUUUUAUUUUUGGCAAAUUAUGUUGUUUUAUUAACAACUAUGUAGUGGACUAAAUAAAAUACAAUACAUUUACAAUGCGUCCAACUUUUAACAAUGUUUUGGUUUUUCUCAACAGUCUAUCCUGUUCAGGGUUUAUUAUAAUGUAUUGGACAGGUGAACAUUCUGGAAACUUGUGUGAAUGAAUAUUAAUAUUCUUAACAGCUGAAGGCAUACAUAAUUUAAAAGACAGGAGACAGGAGUGUGUAGACUAUGACCUUUAUUUCAUGUGCCUACCAUGUACAGAGGAACACUUUUAAAUGAACAACACUCCAUAAGAUAUUAACGUUGGCCUGAUAAAGAAUUAGUGAACAAUCAUUUUGGCUGUACAAAUUAAUUGAACCAUAAAAUUGGUUAGGGAAUCGUUUUUGCUAUGGGGACCAUUUUUCCAAUCAAUGCUAUCACUUUUUACUGUAAUAAACUGCAUUGUUUUCUGACUGUCUUAUUAACUUUGGUGCAUGGUUUGACUCUGGGCUUCCUGUUUCUAGGUCCCCAGCAUUAUGUACACCUUGAUUUACAAUUUGACCAGAUGCAAUAAUUCAUCAAUUUCAGGUAUUUAAUUUCUUAAAAUUUGGAGCCAAAGGUAAGACUACUGAAACAAUGUAUCCCCAUUAAUCAUGUUAAUAAUGACUACCUUAGAAAUGUUAACAUUACACAGACCAUGAUGAAAUAUCACCUUCUCACAAAACUGUUACUUUGUUGGAAUAAAGAGUGAAACCAAUCCCCUUUAUAUCCCAAGAUGUUGUACACAUCACCAAAACGAAACAGAUGUCCUAGAAGCACACGUGUGAGAACAGCAGUGGAGUGUGGAUGUACAGGCAGACCUCCCAGUGUAUCGGUACAAAACAAAAGUAUUUACCACAAACAAAAUCUAAGUGAAACGAUUUAACGGAUACAGCACACGCUGCAGACAGGUUGUUGUUGGAACCACCAACUGUAUGCCAUACUUACACAUUAACACUAAGAUCAACAACAUUCAUUUCAGCUUUUGAACUAUGAAUGUACUCACUAAAAGCAAGAUCAAAGAACGUCCAGGUGACACCAACACAAAUGUGACACCAACUGCAUGCUUCUCCUGCCACACGUUAAAGGAAUGUAGAGACAAACCAUCAUUCUACACACUGUCAACAUGUCCAUGUCCAUUUGAUGGCACACUGUGCCAUCAAACCACACUCUGCAACAUCCUAAUGUGACGCUGUGCGUUGGCACUUUACAAGCCAUCUUUCUAAGGGGAGUUCCGCAAGAAAAUAAUUAUUAUU